GGCUGUUGUUUGAGAAAAGUUUAACCACUGUCUGGGUUAACAGGAAGCAGCGCUAUACAGAUCGCACAACAGAGUUUUACAUUGUUCCCCGCCGAGCAACGGUUUCGUCUUUUAUUCAAGAAUUUGUAGUAUGUUUUUGGGACACAUCGUUUUUGAACGUUGUUCUAUGGAAGAACAAGGCAACCAAAUCAUAGUUGAAAGUAAUUUCGACCAGAGGGACGCCUUUAGAGAAUCCUGAUCUCGGCUUUCGCAGUCCUGGGUCACUUGAGUGAAGAAUUGGGUAGAGUUCCCUGUCUCGUCUUCACAUCAGUCUUCAUUUUGACGUUCCAUUUACUUGCAAAACAAUGGUUGGAUUCAAACCUGCUGACUUGCCCCCAACUGCUGCCGUCAAGUUUAUUGGCGCUGGAACAGCAGCCUGCAUUGCUGACCUAGUCACCUUUCCCUUGGACACUGCCAAAGUCCGGCUCCAGAUCCAAGGAGAGGGAAAAGGUGUGGCAGCUGCGGGUCACGGCACGUCGGUGCGGUACCGGGGUGUGUUUGGCACCAUCACCACCAUGGUGCGUACAGAGGGGGCCAGAAGCCUCUACAACGGCCUGGUAGCAGGACUCCAGAGACAGAUGAGCUUCGCCUCUGUCCGUAUUGGCCUCUACGACUCUGUCAAGUCAUUCUACACCAAAGGCUCAGAACAUGUGGGGAUUGGCAGUCGCCUGCUGGCAGGCUGCACCACUGGAGCCAUGGCGGUUGCAUUAGCCCAACCCACAGAUGUUGUGAAGGUCCGCUUCCAGGCACAGGCUGGUUCCUCUGGGCCAAACCGGCGUUACAAUGGUACCAUGCAGGCAUACAGGGCCAUUGCCAAGGAAGAGGGCAUGCGUGGUCUGUGGAGAGGUACUGGCCCAAACAUUGCCCGCAAUGCCAUUGUGAACUGCACUGAACUGGUUACAUAUGACCUCAUCAAAGACAGCCUUCUUAGAAACACACCCUUGACUGAUGACCUCCCCUGCCACUUCACAUCUGCGUUUGGUGCAGGAUUUUGCACCACUGUGAUUGCCUCACCCGUAGAUGUGGUGAAGACGAGAUACAUGAACUCGGCCCUCGGCCAAUACAGCAGCGCCCUGAACUGUGCUCUAGCCAUGGUGACAAAGGAGGGACCCCUUGCUUUCUAUAAAGGAUUCAUGCCCUCUUUCUUAAGACUGGGCUCUUGGAAUGUGGUGAUGUUUGUUACAUAUGAGCAGCUGAAACGUGCCAUGAUGGCAGCUUGCCACCACUAACCUAGCCAUUGGCUGCAUUAUAGGGUGACUCUAUUGAUCUUUCCUAUUUUAUUUACUCAUGUGGCCCUAGCAAUUUCUGCUUUUAAAUCACCUGAUUACUGAUGUUUCUCUGAAGUGUAUUCUUGAGACUUGAAAGCUGGUCCCCCUGUAGUAUCUUAACUUCUGACAAUAAAAUGAACAUUUAACUGUUUUAUGCAUA